AUGUGCUGCUUAUUUGGUAUCUGUCGUGUUGUUCGCCAAGACAUUAAAUUCAAGGACAUCAUGACAGUUUAUAAAGAGCUUCUUCAUUCCCAACCAGAAUCAAGUCAUGUGUUCAAAGUUAUUUUGCUUCAAAAUGGGGACACAGAUUCUAUUGUUGGUUUCUACAACAAAGUCUUUCUGCCAAUAAUGAAAAAUUAUCUGCUUCAGUUUAAUCCAGCUCGACCAUCUGCUCCUCCAUUGUCACCGAUCCCAAAAGGUGUUACUUCAUCACCUGUCUGCAGUGUUGCUGGCAAAAAGAACCUCCAUGUUUCUUCAGUAAAAAGUCCCAUUUUCAAAUCACAAAGUCAGCUUACACCAAGAACCUCUCAAUUGUAUUGUUUUGGAGAAGGAAUUGGGUCUGCAGAAAAACUUCGCAGUAUCAAUGACAGUGUUGCUCAAUCUUGUGUGCCCAAUUGUCAAAAACGUCUUCAAUUUGACAGCUUGGAUAAUUGUGCAAGAAGGAAUGCUGUGAAAUGUCUCAAAUUUGAUGGUCCUGACAGUAGCACAUCUCAAUCUGAAAGCACAUUCAAGUCACCUAUGUCUCCCGCCCACAGUGCAGCACGUGGUAGCACCACACCAGGAAAGGAGACUCCACAAAAAAAAGAAUCACCUUCUGCUGGGCCACGCCAUGUUACUCCAAACACUAAGAGAACACAACGUCAUCUCAGGUUUGAUGACAAUCAAGGAAGCUCAGAGAAUGAGGCCAGUGGAUCUACUGCUGUCUCUUUUUGUUUUCUCUUUUCCUUUGCUUUCUUUUUCCUCUUUUCCUUUGCUUUCUUUUUCCUCUUUUCCUUUGCUUUCUUUUUCCUCUUUUCCUUUGCUUUCUUUUUUCUCUUUUCCUUUGCUUUCUUUUUCCUCUUUUCCUUUGCUUUCUUUUUCCUCUUUUCCUUUGCUUUCUUUUUCUUUUUUUCCUUUCCUUUUCCUCUUUUCCUUUCUUUUUUUCCUCUUUUCCCUUUGCUUUCUUUUUCCUCUUUUCCUUUGCUUUCUUUUUCCUCUUUUCCUUUGCUUUCUUUUUCCUUUUCCUUUUUUCUUUUCCUCUUUUCCUUUGCUUUUUUUUUUCUCUUUCCUUUGCUUUCUUUUUUCUCUUUUCCUUUGCUUUCCUUUUCCUUUGCUUUCUUUUUCCUCUUUUCCUUUGCUUUCUUUUUCCUCUUUUCCUUUGCUUUCUUUUUCCUCUUUUCCUUUGCUUUCUUUUUUCUCUUUUCCUUUGCUUUGUUUCCUUUGUGCUCUCUCUCUCUUUUCCUUUUCUUCUUUGCUCACUCCCUUUUCUUCUUUAUAAUUUUUCUAGUCUUUAAGCUUUUUUUUCCAUAG